AUGGCCGAGGGGCCGGGCGGCGGAGGGCCCCGCGGGGACGGGGCUGGCGGCGGCCGGGCGGCCGAGGAGGAGGUGGUGCGAAGGCGCUGCCGGCAAGGCCAGGAGGCCGAGGCACCUCGGAGCGGGGCCGCCGGACCCCCGGUGGAGGAGCGGUUCCGCCAGAUGCACCUACGGAAACAGGUGUCUUACAGGAAAGCCAUCACCAAGUCGGGCCUCCAGCACCUGGCACCCCCUCCUCCUGCUCCCGGGGCCCCGUGUAGCGAGCCUGAGCGGCAGAUCCGGAGCACUGUGGACUGGAGUGAGUCUGCGACGUAUGGGGAGCACAUCUGGUUCGAGACCAACGUGUCCGGGGACUUCUGCUACGUUGGAGAGCAGUACUGCGUGGCCAAGAUGCUGCAGAAGUCAGUGUCCCGGAGAAAGUGUGCAGCCUGCAAGAUUGUGGUCCACACGCCCUGCAUCGAGCAGCUGGAGAAGAUAAAUUUCCGCUGUAAGCCAUCCUUCCGCGAAUCGGGCUCCAGGAACGUCCGUGAGCCCACCUUCGUGCGGCACCAUUGGGUACACCGGCGGCGCCAGGAUGGCAAGUGUCGGCACUGUGGGAAGGGCUUCCAGCAGAAGUUCACCUUCCACAGCAAGGAGAUCGUGGCCAUCAGCUGCUCCUGGUGCAAGCAAGCAUACCACAGCAAGGUGUCCUGCUUCAUGCUGCAGCAGAUUGAGGAACCGUGCUCCCUGGGGGUCCACGCCGCCGUGGUCAUCCCCCCCACCUGGAUCCUCCGGGCCCGCAGGCCCCAGAACACCCUCAAAGCCAGCAAGAAGAAAAAGAGAGCAUCCUUCAAGAGGAAGUCUAGCAAGAAAGGGCCUGAGGAGGGCCGCUGGAGACCCUUCAUCAUCAGGCCUACCCCGUCCCCCCUCAUGAAGCCCCUGCUGGUGUUUGUGAACCCCAAGAGUGGGGGAAACCAGGGCGCCAAGAUCAUACAGUCCUUCCUCUGGUAUCUGAAUCCCCGGCAAGUCUUUGACCUGAGCCAGGGAGGGCCCAGGGAGGCGCUGGAGAUGUACCGCCGGGUGCACAACCUGCGGAUCCUGGCUUGCGGGGGCGACGGCACAGUCGGCUGGAUCCUCUCCACCCUGGACCAGCUGCGCUUGAAGCCGCCGCCGCCGGUCGCCAUCCUGCCCCUGGGCACUGGCAAUGACCUGGCCCGCACCCUCAACUGGGGCGGGGGCUACACCGACGAGCCUGUGUCCAAGAUCCUGUCCCACGUGGAGGAGGGCAACGUGGUGCAGCUGGACCGCUGGGACCUCCGUGCGGAGCCCAACCCUGAGGCGGGGCCCGAGGAGCGAGACGAGGGGGCUACUGACCGGCUGCCUCUGGAUGUCUUCAACAACUACUUCAGCCUGGGCUUUGACGCCCAUGUCACCCUGGAGUUCCACGAGUCUCGAGAGGCCAACCCGGAGAAGUUCAACAGCCGCUUCCGGAAUAAGAUGUUCUACGCCGGGACAGCCUUCUCCGACUUCCUGAUGGGCAGCUCCAAGGACUUGGCCAAGCACAUCCGCGUGGUGUGUGAUGGGACUGACCUGACCCCCAAGAUUCAGGACCUGAAGCCCCAGUGUAUUGUUUUCCUGAACAUCCCCAGGUACUGUGCAGGCACCAUGCCCUGGGGCCACCCUGGGGAGCACCAUGACUUCGAGCCGCAGCGGCACGACGAUGGCUACCUCGAGGUCAUUGGCUUUACCAUGACCUCCCUGGCCGCACUGCAGGUGGGCGGGCACGGCGAGCGGCUGACGCAGUGCCGAGAGGUGCUGCUCACCACGUCCAAAGCCAUCCCGGUGCAGGUGGACGGCGAGCCCUGCAAGCUCGCAGCCUCCCGCAUCCGCAUCGCCCUGCGCAACCAGGCCACCAUGGUGCAGAAGGCCAAGCGGCGGAGCGCUGCCCCCCUGCACAGCGACCAGCAGCCGGUGCCGGAGCAGCUGCGAGUCCAGGUGAGCAGGGUCAGCAUGCACGACUACGAGGCCCUGCACUACGACAAGGAGCAGCUCAAAGAGGCUUCCGUGCCACUGGGCACCGUGGUGGUCCCGGGAGACAGUGACCUGGAGCUGUGCCGCGCCCACAUUGAGAGGCUCCGGCAGGAGCCCGAAGGUGCUGGAGCCAAGUCCCUGAUGUGCCAGAAACUGUCCCCCAAGUGGUGCUUCCUCGAUGCCACCACUGCCAGCCGCUUCUACAGAAUCGACAGGGCCCAGGAACACCUCAACUACGUGACCGAGAUCGCACAGGACGAGAUUUAUAUCCUGGACCCUGAGCUGCUGGGGGCAUCUGCCCGGCCUGACCUUCCCACCCCCACGUCCCCUCUCCCCACCUCGCCCUGCUCCCCCACAUCCCGGUCACUGCCAGGGGACGCUGCACCCCCUACAGGUGAAGAGCUCAUCGAGGCUGCCAAGAAGAACGAUUUCUGUAAGCUUCAGGAGCUGCACCGAGCUGGGGGCGACCUCAUGCACCGUGACGAGCGGAGCCGCACGCUCCUGCACCACGCAGUCAGCACCGGCAGCAAGGAGGUGGUCCGCUACCUGCUGGACCACGCGCCAACUGAGAUCCUUGAUGCCGUGGAGGAAAACGGGGAGACCUGCCUGCACCAGGCAGCGGCCCUGGGCCAGCGCACCAUCUGCCACUACAUCGUGGAGGCCGGGGCCUCGCUCAUGAAGACCGACCAGCAGGGCGACACUCCCCGGCAGAGGGCUGAGAAGGCUCAGGACACGGAACUGGCCGCCUACCUGGAGAAUCGGCAGCAUUACCAGAUGAUCCAGCGGGAGGACCAGGAGACAGCGGUGUGA